AUGCGAGCUUGCCAUUCCUAUUCUCGGAGUUCAGAACAUUGCAAGCUUACGCCCUUGGCAAAGAUGCAGGUAGCAUGCUUCGAUGCUCUCAUCGCUUCCAUAUGCCUCACCAGCGAGUGUAACGAUGCAGCUAAGAGCAAGUCAGUUCUUGUUCAUCCACAAGCUCGUAUUGAUGUCUUGAAAGUUCCCAAGACAUUUCGCGAUCUUCAGAGCCCAAGGCUUUCAACACGGGUUCGACCAGAAGUCUUGUCGUGGAAGCGUCGAACCUUCAUUCCAAUACCCGCUAGUUCGACCUUUGGGCAGCUAGAAUUAGCAACAACAAGCUUGCGAGGUCUCUGGUUGGCAUUGUGCUCCUACCUUAUAUGGGAUAUUUGGGACUCAUGUAUCUCUUGA